CGGGAUAUCUUCCACUCGGGCACUCCUGAAUAGGCCACUAUUACAAUCUUUUACGGUUAUUGCAAUUUGUAUUGAAUUUGGAGUUUUGACCGGAUUGGAAUGCUCAAAAUUUCGCUUGGACCCGGAAUCCUUCGCGGAUGAAAGCCAUGUAAUUAGUUCAACCACAGGAUCAUUGCUGAUAACCAGCACAAACAAAAUUUACUCAAACAGUCAAUAUUGCAUCGAAAAAAUAAAGAACUCAUCAUAUGCUGAUCGAAAGUUGUACACAUUUCUGUGUUUUGAUUCUAAAGUACUAAACAAUGAUCGCAUACGAUUUAAAAUGUAUCCAGUUGGACUUUUGAUAUCCUGCUGUUUUUAUGCAAUAACCCUUUUGGUCUAUACGUCAAUCGAAAAACUGCGAAACCUUCCGGGAAAAAUUUUGAUUUGCUUGGUAAGCAGUCUUCUAUUCGCAUACCUUGGAAUCGCACUAGGUCAAUUAUUCCCAACAAAAAACGAUGACAUGUGCUUCUUGUCAGGCUUUCUCGUAUAUUUCUUUCUAAUGGCCGCAUUUUCUUGGAUGAAUAUAACAUGUUUCGACAUAUGGAAGACUUUUGGAUCAACCAAAUCAACAAAUUUACAAAAAAGGGAGCAGCGAACGCUUUUUUUAUGGUACUCUUUUUAUGGUUGGGGAAUGCCCACAGUUUUAACAAUAAUAACUGCUUCAUUAAGUAAAUCCGAUGUUUUAAAUGAAACUAUCCGACCCAUAUUUGGACACGGCCGAUGUUGGUUUACCUAUGAUACAAUUGGAUUUGCUAGCUUGUUGUUUUUCUCUGGACCUCUCGGAAUACUUUUUAUCGUUAAUCUCGUAUUGUUUUUGUUAACGUUGAAAUACUGCAACAAAGUAAAACGAGAAAUAUUUAGAAUGCAAAGUUCAAACACUGAAAAACAUACCUUAAGGAGUCGUUUUUUUAUGGAUAAAACGAGAUUUAUUAUGAAUACAAAACUUUGCUUUGUAAUGGGAAUUACAUGGCUUUUGGAAAUUGCAAGCAUUUUGUUUUAUGAUCACAAAAAGAAUUUCUUUUGGUCAAUUAGUGAUUCAUUCAACGUCUUGCUGGGUGUUUUUGUUUUUAUUAUAUUCGUUUUUAAAAAACGUGUAUGGAAGGAAAUCAUGGUAAAACUAGGUUUUCGGCCCAUGAGCGAGCUAAGAAGAAGUGGAAAUGCAACAUCUUUAACACAAUCAACAUGUGUAGCUCAAAGUAUAUCGCUGAAAAAACUUGGCGGUGGUAACGGUGAUACGCCCCUCAUCAGAAGAACGCCUUUGUAGCAUAUAAGUCCUACGCUCUCCGUGAGAAAAAUUAAGCUGAUUCAUGAUAAAUAUAUAUUAAACGUAUGC